UUUGGGAGGGGGGAUAAUGUAGUCAUUGAUUGGUACGCAUAUCGUAACUCUUUUCCUUGUACCAUGUGUUUCAAAAAUCAAAAAAGCUAUGAUAAUACUAAGGAAUAACAAAUGACAAAGAGGAUAAAUCUUUCUAUUCCAGAAUAUAUCCCUUAUCCCCCUGAAAUAAGUGCCUAAAUUAAUGUUUCAAAAGUUAUAUCAUUUUUCUCUUGUUCCCUUAUUACUUCUACACCGAAGAAUCUUAAAUGAACUCACCUCUAGCUAGCUUUUGAGGCCACCUCUAACCAUUACUGCUCCUCAUCCAAUUUAAACUCUGCACAUGAAAUUAUGAAGUCCAGUUACUUUCUCAUGGAGAGGGACAACAAGAACCAGAGGAGGAGACUACUUGAGCUAGAGGUUGAGGUUGGAGAGUUAGAGAGUGUGCUUGAGAAGGAGCAGCAGCUGAGUCAGAUACUACAAUCCUCAUUGCAUGGCCAACUUGUUUGUCCUUCAUGUCUCUCUUCAUUAGUUCCUCCUGAGGUUCAGGUGCUUCUUUCAGAGUUGGCGACAAUAGAAGAAGAGAUAAUCUGGCUCGAGAGAAAAGUAGAUGAUGUGAGACUAUGUUUGAGUCAAGAAAGAAAACAAAUCAAGGAAUUGAGCUUUCAGAAACAACAGCAGCAGCAGCAGUGGUGGCAGCGGCAGCGGCAGCAGAAGCUCUUUUUAUGCGGGCUAGGUGGUCGGAAAGACGUCAGGGAAACUGAAAAAUCACCACUGUUGCCAAACAUAGAAAGAGGCGGUAGGUUUGAAAAAGAAAGAAAAGCUUCUCAGGACUUGACCUCAGAUAAAUGGUUUUCUUGCACACAGGCAAAUGAUGAUGACGAAACCGAGAGACAGAAAUCCAAUUACCACUUCAGCAUUGUAGAUAGAGAAAUCAAUGCUGACACACCAAACAAGCUUUCAGAGGAGCUGAUCACACUACUCGUAAACAUUUUCCGCAAACUGAACCAUUCACCAUCUCAUUUCGACCACGAGCAAAUCAAUAUCCCCAAGCUUAACAUCUCUUGCGUUAGUUCAAAAAGCUUCAUAACAAGGUCUUCUACAAACAACAAGACACCAAUGAGUUCUUCAAAGAAUAGAAUACACGCACCGGAUUAUUACGGUGUAUUAGAAUUGGCCGAUGUGGAUGGAGCAGCAACCCAGAUCGGAGCUUCUAAGAGACUUAUCCAUGUCACGAGAAGUUCACUCGAUAUAAGCCGUGUCUCUUUGUGCCUUCCGGCUAUUAAAAGAUUAAGAGUUUUGAUGCAAAAGCUUUGUGUGAUCAACAUAAGUUUUCUCACUUACAAACAGAAGCUCGCAUUUUGGAUCAACAUUUACAACACCUCCGUACUGCAUGCAUAUCUACAGCAUGGUUUACCAUCAUCUCCAGAUGAAUUGCUUUCAUUUUUGAAUAAGGCAGCAGUGAACGUCGGAGGCAUCAUACUAAAUGCUCUCGUUAUCGAACAUUUCAUUCUCCGACAUUCCUUCGACACCAAACAAGGAAUCACUGAUGAGUGGGAAGGGCUUUUGCGGCGAGCUUACGGCCUGGGGUACCCAGAACCAAAUAUAACAUUCGCACUUUGCCGUGGAAGCAGAUCGUCACCACCACUAAGAGUCUACACUGCAGAGGAUGUGGCAAAUGAACUAGAAAGAGCAAAAAUAGAGUACCUUGAAGCUUCAGUUAAAGUGGUCGGCAAGAAGAAGAUCAUAAUACCAAAACUUUUAUACUGGCACAGGCGAGAUUUCGCAGAUGAUACGGAGUCGCUUGUCGAGUGGAUAUACAGUCAACUGCCGAGGUCCGGAACACUGAAGAGAACCAUAAAGGAAUUGUUGAGUGGGGAGAGCAAGAUACCUUUGUUGAAAAUGGUACAUGUAGAUAGUUAUGAUGCUGAGUUUCAUUACUUGUUGCCACUAUAGGGAGGGACAGUUUGCUUCAUGCGAAAGUUGAAAUGCUACAUAGUAUUCUGAUAAUGAAUAUAGUUUAUUAUUAUCCUAAGCA